GUUGCUGCCACCAUCCUUAGCAUGCUGGUGAAACUCCGUUCUCAGAAAUCGAAUUAUUUGCAAAUGAUGAUGGGGCUUCAUUUGCAUGCCUCGGGAUGUCCGAAGCGUGUGAUAAAUUUGCUCGCUGCGUUUGGUAUAUCAGUGUCGCACAUGACGAUCUGCACAGCCCUUAAAUCACUAACGACGAAUUCACUCCAGGAAGUCCGCCUACAAGUUAGGAAGCGCCCUUUUUUCCUAGUGUAUGAUAAUAUCAAUAUUGCU